CAGAAGCCAAAUAGGAAUCCAGUAGUGUCAAGGACGCAUUGCUGCGGAAGGUCGUUGUGGAUGCAGAUUAAACAAUUAAUGUUUCUUCUUCCAAUGAGAUUUAGUGUUUAAUUAGUGCAAUUAUCCAAACAUGGCUAGUCCACAACAAAUGCGGCGUGGAGAUUUAGGCAGAAAGUAUAGCGUAAUGGCUACACCAGGACGAGAGGGGCAACAAAUCCAAGCCGGCAUCUAUGCUGGUCGAGCUAUAGGGGUAUUUACCAGCGGAGGCGACUCUCAAGGGAUGAACUCUGCUGUGAGAGCUGUUGUCAGAAUGGGUUCGUACUUGGGCUGUAAAACAUACUAUAUCAAAGAGGGUUAUCAAGGUAUGGUAGAUGGUGGAGACUAUAUUGUAGAAGCUACCUGGGCGAGCUCAUCUGGCAUUAUGCAACUGGGAGGUACAGUUAUUGGCAGUGCAAGGUGUAAAGAUUUUCGGGAAAUCGAGGGAAGACUGAAGGCUGCACAGAAUCUAAUUGAAAGAAAAAUUUUGAGUCUCGUUGUAAUAGGAGGAGAUGGGAGCUUGACUGGUGCUAAUAUAUUUAGACAAGAAUGGCCCACUCUGCUCCAAAAACUUUUUGAAGCAGGGAGGAUAACAAAUGAGCAGUUUCAAGAAUGUGGUCACCUGAACAUUGUUGGUAUGGUAGGUUCUAUAGACAAUGAUUUCUGUGGUACAGAUAUGACUAUAGGCACAGACACCGCCCUUCAUAGAAUCAUGGAAUCCGUGGAUACAAUCUCUACCACAGCUUCUAGUCAUCAGAGAGCUUUUGUACUGGAAGUAAUGGGAAGACAUUGUGGAUACUUGGCUUUGGUUGGAGCCUUGGCAACAGAAGCAGAUUGGGUGUUUAUACCAGAGUGGCCACCAGAGGAUGGUUGGGAGGAUACACUUUGUAAUAAGUUAUCUGCGGAAAGGGCUACAGGACAAAGAUUAAAUGUUAUUUUAGUGGCAGAGGGUUCGAUUGACAGACAUGGAAAACCUAUUACAGCCAAUCAAAUCAAAGACCUAUUAACAGACAGAUUGAAGUAUGAUACAAGAGUUACUGUUCUUGGUCAUGUACAGAGAGGUGGCAGUCCAACAGCUUUUGACAGAAUUUUGGGAGCACGUAUGGGUGCGGAAUCAGUGCUUGCAUUAAUGGAUGCCACGCCUGAUACUCCGGCUUGUGUCAUAUCUCUUGAUGGUAAUGAAGCUGUCAGGGUACCUUUAAUGCAGUGUGUAGAAAGGACUAAAAAUGUACAGAAUGCCAUGAAUGAGGGGAAUUUUGAGGAGGCAGUCAGACUUAGGGGAAAGAGUUUCCAGAACAACUUAGCAACAUACAGACUUCUAAGUAAAUUGCAACCUCCAAAGAAAACUGCUGAUGAAAGUUCUAAAGGAAAACGUUUUGCAAUUAUGAACAUUGGGGCACCUGCCUGCGGAAUGAAUGCUGUUGUGCGUUCAUUUGUGAGACUUUCACUUGCCCAAGGAUACACUGUUCUAGGUAUACAUGACAGCUUUGACGGACUACUUUAUGGAAGGAAUGCAGAGGCAAAGAGUGAAGGGCCGAAAAAUUACGUAGAAAUAUUUCAGGAGGUAAAACCAAUGAGCUGGACUGAAGUACAAGGAUGGUCUGGUAGAGGUGGCUCUCUUCUAGGGACAAGAAAGGUGUUGGCCAGCAAAUAUGGCAUUGACAAGAUUGCUGAGAAGAUGAAGGAAUAUGACAUUAGUGGACUGGUUAUUGUUGGAGGAUUUGAGGCAUAUCACAGUGCACUACAGUUGACCGAGGCUAGGAAAGAUCACGAUGCUUUCUGUAUACCUAUAUUGGUGAUACCAUGUACUAUUAGUAAUAACGUACCGGGCUCGGACUUUAGUCUCGGUGCUGACACAGCAUUAAAUGAAAUAACAGAUAUAUGUGAUAGAAUUAAACAGAGUGCUACAGGCACAAAACGUCGUGUAUUUGUUGUCGAGACUAUGGGCGGAUACUGUGGUUACCUAGCAACAAUGAGUGGAUUAGCUGGAGGAGCAGACGCAGCUUACGUGUUUGAGGACAAGUUCUCAAUUACUGAUCUAAGAGAUGAUGUCUUUCAUUUAAAGAAUAAAAUACUCAAUGCUGGUGUGCAAAGAGGCUUAGUUUUGAGAAAUGAGCUUGCAAAUGCCCAUUACACAACAGACUUUAUAGAACAGUUGUUUAGUGAAGAAGGUAAAGGAGUUUUUACAUGCCGCAAGAAUGUCCUUGGUCACAUGCAACAGGGCGGAGUACCAAGUGUGUUUGAUCGAAACUACGGUACGAAGCUAGCAGCUAAAGCAGUGCCAUGGAUGGCACAGCAAGUGAAAGAAUACACACAAGAAAAUGGUAAAGUUUUCACAAACACACCAACAACUGCAUCUUUACUUGGUAUGAGAAAGCGACACAUGGAGUUUUCACCACUUCAAGAGCUGGCAAAAGGAACUGAUUUUGAACAUCGUCUGCCGGAGGAUCAAUGGUGGUUGAAGCUCCGCCCUCUUCUUAGAAUUCUCGCAAAACAUACAGAGACUGGCUAUGUGUCUGAGACAAUACCCGAAGGUGUAGUUGAUCUGGAGGAAUUAGAUGAAUACUAAAUGCUGAUUGGAGGAUUUGAAAAAAAUGGACUGAUCUGAUUGGUGGAUUUGAAAAAUUCAAAAAAUAAUCCAUCAAUCUGAUUGGACAAUGGACACUUUUCUCAAUUAUAGUGUUUUGAACUAUUAGUUUUCCCUGACAACUUGACCGUCACAAUUUUUUUAGUUAAAUAAGUGAAACUUUAUUGUUUAAAACAUUUGCAUUAAUUAGAACUGUGUAUUUUUUGUAAAUGAACAGAAGUAUAUUCUUUGGAGUUGAUAAAUUAACCUUUAAUGAAGGGUUAAACAUUAAGGCUUUCAAGUGCUUUUUCAUUGUUUUGUUUUUUACUCCUUAUGCAUUUGAUUUAUCUGUUUAAGGAAAUAGUGCUCAUGUGUACUGUAAGCUGUAGGAAACAGAAAUUGUUUGAAUCAGUGUAUUGAUUAACAAUUGUGAAACAUGCUUGUGUUGUUUCCAGCCAAGAUUUAAAAUAGUUACAUGUAUAGGAUAUUUUAAAGCUGAAAGUUUAUUAAGGUUUUACAUUAUCCUGGUACUAAGAUUGAUUUGAUUCAAAAUGGGAAACAAGAGGUUUCUGUGUUGGUGCCCACUUGUGCCUGAAAUAAUGCCAGGAGGUGUACCCGUGUCUUCCUUCACUUUUAAAUCUGGAAAGUUGCCAUUUGACCUUAAGAGUGUUGCAAUAAUAAUGAUAAAAGUUUGCAUGUGGAACAAGUGAAAUAUUAUAUUUUUAGCCAAAUGAUACUACCUGGUGCUGCAGGAAAGACAUUUCAUCAUGGCGUUGAUAUGUAUAAGCUUGGCAAUUAUUGUGAACACCUGUUGCCACAAUCUUGUUACAUAUAUUUAAGCUAGGGAAUUAAUAUAUGUGAUAAAUUUUUAUUCAUAAAACAAAUUUAUACUAGAUCUGUAUUAGAGUGACCUCCCAGUUUACAAAACCAUUUAUUAAUUGACAUAUCUUGUCAAGAAUAUUUAUAUAGUAUUAUAUAUAUAUGUAAACUUAUUUGUCCAGUGUAUUUGUGUUUGAUUUAAUUGACCUUAUGUCAGGUUAAAAAAUAAGAAUGAGCAUAUGCUUCUUUUUUUAUUUUUUAUUAAACUUGUUUUGAACCUUUUAGUUGGUUAUAUUACCAAUUUGUUUAUAGUUUGUCCUGUAUACUGGAUCUUUCUGUGUAAAGGUUUAUGCUUGGAUAUUAUUAUUCAAGCCUUAAAUCUAACUGGCUGUUAUUCCUGUCUCAAAUUUAAAUUUUAGCCAAUCACAAUGCUUUUCUCAUAACAGUGCUUAAUUAUUGGUCUAUUUUAAAAACUGUGUCAUAGAAUAAGCCAAUUACAGAGAAUUCAGUAUAUGAAUAUUAUUUGGUAUGCUAUAUAUAUCAUUUAAAGAUUGUUUUAUAAGUUUUAAACAUUUGUAAAAAAAAAUUUUGCACUUAGAUACAAGAAAAGAAAAUUGUUUAUAAAGUGAAACAUGAAGGUCACCUACAUUGAUGAUAAUGAGGUGCUACAAGCACUAAGGUAGCUUGUAUUGUAAAACCUUCAGUGUGUUUAGUAUUAUUUUGUAAUUUGUGCUGUUAUGCUGUUGAACCUGUUGUUUGUACUUUAUAGUUAUGAUGGUUAUAAAAAUCAUUAACGAAAUUGAGAAAUUUUUUAAUUCUUUUUAUUACAGUUCAUAAAAGAGAAUUUUAACUGCAUUAUUUAAGUGUUUGACUCUAAUCGUCUUUGGAUUUUACAUGUGAGAAAGCUAUCCAGCUAGCAUACGGAACGUCGGUGGUUCUACUGAAGUGCUGCUGAGGUCUUCCUUCACCAGUAGAGCUGGAAAGCCGCCAUAUGAUAAUCUACACUGUAUUGGUGAGAUGAUAAACCCAACCAAAAAAAAAUGAAAAUAAAAAAACAACUUAAAUCCUGCGAUUGUACGAUUAUGGCAUAUUUGCAGGGGAUUUUUUUUUUACCAUGAAAACAGUAAGGGUGCUUAAUAUGGCACUUUCUUCAUACAAAAUCUGUUUUGUGCAGACAUUUUACAAUUUAUAAAAAUAACCCUAUUUUAGUUUUAUUAUUUGGAAUAUCUUUAGAUUGUUUAUAAGUCUUCUAGUAUUUGUGCCAUUUUUUGUUUAUUGUAUAUUUACAACAUAAUUAUCUUGUAAAGAAUGUUGAGAUUGAGUUAGAAUACAGUAUUAUAUGUGGUUAUAAUGGUAAAAAAAUGAUCUUCCUCUAAUGUUUAGUUUAUGCAGAAUUUAUUUAAGUUUGAAUGGAAAGGAAGCUAUAAGCAUAUUGACAAUUCUGUUGACAGCUUAUGUUGAAUAUUUUAAAUGUCCUUGGAACUAGUUAGAUAAAUACUUUUAUUUCCUCCAGAAUAAAUAUAGAAACUGGUUCAAUAAACAGUGAUUACACUUAACACCAUAUCAAAGGAGACUUUUUGCAGAUUUUAAAUUUAAAUAUAUGUGAAGUUAUACAAAUACAUAAUGAUUGUGUUUUUAUUUCAAAAAAGAAGAAAAACCUAUAAGAUACUGCCAAUUUAUUUAAAACAGAUUUUCAAAAAGUAGGAGAAAACAUCAAAAUUAUUGUCUAAAACAAUUUUAUCCUUAGUGGGGGUAAUUUACUGCUAAUUGUAAGUCUUAAUCAAUAGUAAAGAGCCUAGACUUACUUACCAAUUUAAAUGUUUUCCCCUACUUAAGAUUAUAUUUACUCACACUGACCAGUAAGGUUUGUUGGAGUUUUAAAGCAACCAAUGAACUUAUCUUGUUAUAAAGGAGCAUAUCUUUUAAGCGAAAUGCUCAUUGCAAGCCCAAGCAGCUGGCAUAAUGACAGACUACUAAAAACAUAAAUUUUGAAAAAACAUGAUAAUUUUAGAAACAAAAGUCUCCAAAGAGUGCUAUUGGCUACUUUAAAAUUAAUUGAUAGCACUUCAGUGAAAAAUAAACACAAGUGUAAAUAUACAUGUAUAUCCUCAUAAUGAAAAACAAAAUUACAUGUAAUAUCCUCUGUACAUUAAUGUUUGUGUUUUAUAUUCUUUUAGAAUGAUACCACUACCUUAUUGUUUGUAAAAGACACAAUGUCCUUUAUCUUGCUUAGUAAGGGUAUAUUUAUUUUUUGUUUUACUUUUUUGUCAUUCAGUUUUUUUCCAUUAUUGUUUAUUUUUAAAGCAUUACUGAAAUAAAACCUUGCAAAACAUCACAA